AUGGUAGGCAUCGGUGGUGGUGUCUCGCCGAAGGUGCGACUUGGUGAUGUCGUUAUCAGCACACCAGAUGGCCAGCACCCUGGCGUCGUCCAGUGGGACAUGGGCAAAGCGGAAAAGGAGGGAUUCAAGAGGACCGGGGCAUUAAACAACCCGCCUAACUCCCUUUUAUCAGAUUUAAACAAGGUCGAAACAGAGCACAAGCUAUUAGGGUCCAAGAUUCCGGAAUAUUUGGCUCAAGCAGCUCAAAAUUAUCCAAGAGCGGCCACGAGAUAUCUCAAGUCAGAUUCACUAAAGGAUAUGCUCUUUCAAUGUCAGAAGCGGCGGCCGACUUCGGCAGCACUCGCCGGCUCCGUGGCUCCAUUAUGCCUCUUCCUUCCUCGGACCCCUGACAUUCAAGCUGACUGUGUCCAUGUCAACGAGCUGAAGGAUGACAAAGAACAAGAAUUAGAUGGAGAUGACUCGGAAGAAAAGGAGCGUGACGGCUGCCGUCUAUGUGAUAAGACCGCAAUAGUGAAAAGAAAGCCGCGCUCGAUGCGCGUUCAUUACGGUCUCAUCGCAUCUGGCAAUCAAGUCAUUAAAGAUGCUGUAUUUCGAGAUAAGCUUAACCAAGCCCUGGAUGGCGAAGUUUUAUGCUUUGAAAUGGAGGCAGCUGGGCUGAUGAACAAUUUCCCGUGCCUGGUGAUCCGGGGAAUCUGUGACUAUUCUGAUUCACAUAAGAAUAAAGCCUGGCAAGAACACGCGGCUGCGGUUGCAGCGGCAUUUGCCAAGGAGCUUCUGAACCAUGUUCAGCUAAGUGAUGUUAAAGGAGAGCGUCCAGCAGUGGCGAUCUUGAACAAAGAGCUUCAGGAAGCACUUGCCGUUCAAGUUGCUACUUCUGCGCUGGAUAAGGAUAACAUCCCAACUAUUGAUCAUCUAACUCAAGCAUGUGCCCCACUGGUUGUCGUCGAUAGCGAAAGCAAGAUCAUUCGACUAGCCCAUCACACGUUGCAAGAAUACUUUGAACGACAGGACAAUACAUUGCUGAGCAAGGCACAUGUUACAAUUACCAACAUCUGCAUGACGUAUCUUUCAUUUUCGGCAUUCCAAAGUGGCCCUCUUGAACCGCAGGAUCCACAUGAUCUUCUUGGUAAUGAAGGCCCCGAAAACCACCUCCACAGCUACGCAGCUCGAUACUGGGGGUACCAUACGCAUAAAGCCCUGGCACAAGGCUUAGAUCCUUCAAAGGUGGUCAGCUUUUUGGAGCGUGUUCCGCAAGAUUCAUGCGUUGUCGACCUGCUUAUUACGAAAGGUUAUGAUCCAAACGCGGAAGAUUCGAUGGCUCGAACACCGUUAUGGUGGGCCGCAAGAAAUGGACAUGCACCUGUGGUCAAGCGUCUCCUUGAAUUGGAUGUUGAGCUGGAAUCGAAAGACGAUGUGGAUUACCAAACAGCUCUGUCAGCAGCUGCAAGACAGGGUCAUGAACUAGUCGUCCAAUUGUUAUUGGACAAGGGUGCUGACCUCGAGUCGCAGGGAGGAGUUGAUCUAACACCGAUCUAUUCAGUACUGAAAAAGGGUGGCAGAAAGAUCCAACACUUGGGCCGCCAUGAAUGGACACGAGACAACCAUAAAAUACUUAUCAAAAAGGGAGCCAAUAUCGAAACUAAGGACCAUGAAGGCUUUACACCAUUAAUGUGGGCGGUCAAAAAUGGACACAAGGGAACCAUCGAGUUGCUUACAGCAAAUGAUGCCUGCAUAAUGGCCAAGGAUAAUGAUGGUUUAACAGUGUUUGGCCACGCAGACGAAGCCAUUCUAGAGUCACUGUUUGCCAAAGCCGCCAAUCUAAAAGUUGAAGAUGAUCAUGGAUGGACGGCGCUAGCCUGGGCCGCAGUUACUCAGAAUACAAUGUUGGCCAAGUUUCUCCUAACCAGAGACGUUAACAUAGAAGCCCGAGAUCAUAAAGGGAUGACGCCUUUUACUCUUGGUGUUAUAUCUGGUAAUACUAUCAUCCCUAAAUUGCUUCUUACACACAAUGCUUCUCUCGAAACCAAAGACGACUGCGAUCGGACUCCAUUGAUUUGCGCGGCAAGGGUGGGAGACGGGCCAAUGAUCAAAUUCCUCCUCUCCAAAAACGUUGACAUAGAGGCCAAAUGCCAUGAAGGACUUACGCCAUUAGGCUAUACCAUUUUCUCAGAUCAUUAUGAAGCUGGAAAGAUCCUUGUGGAUAACGGGGCAAAUGUCAAUCAUCAGAUUAUUAGAGGGCUGACGAUUUUACAUUUGGCGGCCACGAAAGCAUCUCGGAAAAUUGCUUCACUUUUGCUAGAAUCAGCUACCAUUGAUGUUGAUCCAAUGGAUGACACCGGCCGCUCGCCAUUGUCCCAUGCCGCAGAGAAUGGGAACUAUGACGUCGCAAAAGCGCUGUUGACCACCGGAAAAGUUGACAUCGAAUCAACAGAUGAGUUUUCAAGAACACCUAUGUGGUACGCGAAGAAUGAGGCCAAAGAUGAGAGGUUGGUACAAUUGCUUCUCAGCUAUGGUGCCAAGGAACUGGAUGAUAGCUACUUUACAAACGGUAGCUCGGAGGAACAUGAAUCGGUAAAACGCCGUCUCUCAAACGAAAGCAGCGACUCGCCACCUUUCAAAAGGCGCUGCUGA